CGGAAACAAGGAUCAUAUGUCAUUAUAGUAGUCGGACUGCAUCUGAAAAUCAUGUACAGCUCAUACGUUUAGAUUCCAUAAUAACUUAUUCUGACCGUUAAUGAUAGAAGUCUUAUACACAUAAUUAUCGUAUUAGCGGACGGAUUGUUGAUCACCUGAGCUCUUAUAUAGAGCAUUAUUCUACUAGUCUACUUCCGGACAGACAGGUAGAGAACGAUGGAAGACAGAGGCAGCUCCCGGUCAGAUCUGAUCAAGGUAAACUGAAGCCCUGAUGACAUGAAUAGGAAACGCUUCCACGUCGUACAAGUAAUGUUUCCGUUUUAAUAGGAAUGUAUAGAGAGAUGGAUUAUGUUUGUUUUACACAUUGUGUCAGCUGUUUUUACUCCCAGCGAAAGAUCGAGCAGUUUAAGGGAGAAAGAGAAAGAGACACUUUCACUUUUGCAUUUAGUUCUGCAUGUGUGCUUUCAUGCUCGCUAGAUAUACAUUUAUUCACUGAUAAAGGAGACAGAAUAGUUGUGGGCUUAACUGUGUUGUAUUUGAAAAAACAUAACUUAAAAUUAUAAUAUAAAAAAGUGUGUGUGUGUGUGUGUGUGUGUGUGUGUGGCAGGACCAUGGAGAGCCCAGUCCUUUGGCUGUUCUCACUCCCCUAGCCCCUGGCAGAGGAGUGCUGUUCCCUCCAUCUCUCUUUCCUCCCUGCUCUGCCCUCCUCCCUCCAGUCAUCCCCCAUUCACAGGAAGACCUGUGGCAGCUACCUGGAAGACUACGUGAGUCAACCACACACACAAAUAUACAUACAUACACGCACACACACACUUACUUGUUGGCUAACAACUACGUGCAUGUAUAUGGUGUCUGUGUGUGUGUGUGUUUAGGUAUAAACCCGUCUCUGUGGGAUAAGGAGGAUGUGUGCCACUGGCUGCACUGGGCUCAGAGGGAAUAUUCUCUCCUCAGAACUGAGAGAGGACGUUUUGAGAUGAAUGGCAGAGCUCUCUGCCUCCUCACCAAGGAAGACUUCAGACGACGCUGUCCUGAUUCAGGUACGCCACUGGGGAGAGCUCCUCUCUCUGUUUCCAGGUGAUGUACAAUACGAGCUCCUCUCUCUCUGUUUCCAGGUGAUGUACUGUACGAGCUCCUCUCUCUGUUUCCAGGUGAUGUACUGUACGACCUCCUCUCUCUCUGUUUCCAGGUGAUGUACAAUACGAGCUCCUCUCUCUGUUUCCAGGUGAUGUACUGUACGAGCUCCUCUCUCUGUUUCCAGGUGAUGUACUGUACGACCUCCUCUCUCUCUGUUUCCAGGUGAUGUACAAUACGAGCUCCUCUCUCUGUUUCCAGGUGAUGUACUGUACGAGCUCCUCUCUCUGUUUCCAGGUGAUGUACUGUACGAGCUCCUCUCUCUGUUUCCAGGUGAUGUACAAUACGAGCUCCUCUCUCUGUUUCCAGGUGAUGUCAAUACGAGCUCCUCCUUUUCCGUUACGAGCUCCUCUCUCUGUUUCCAGGUGAUGUACUGUACGAGCUCCUCUCUCUGUUUCCAGGUGAUGUACUGUACGAGCUCCUCUCUCUGUUUCCAGGUGAUGUACUGUACGAGCUCCUCUCUCUGUUUCCAGGUGAUGUACAAUACGACCUCCUCUCUCUGUUUCCAGGUGAUGUACAAUACGACCUCCUCUCUCUGUUUCCAGGUGAUGUACAAUACGAGCUCCUCUCUCUGUUUCCAGGUGAUGUACUGUACGAGCUCCUCUCUCUCUGUUUCCAGGUGAUGUACUAUACGAGCUCCUCUCUCUGUUUCCAGGUGAUGUACUAUACGAGCUCCUCUCUCUGUUUCCAGGUGAUGUACUGUACGAGCUCCUCUCUCUGUUUCCAGGUGAUGUACAAUACGACCUCCUCUCUCUGUUUCCAGGUGAUGUACAAUACGACCUCCUCUCUCUGUUUCCAGGUGAUGUACUGUACGAGCUCCUCUCUCUCUGUUUCCAGGUGAUGUACAAUACGACCUCCUCUCUCUCUGUUUCCAGGUGAUGUACUAUACGAGCUCCUCUCUCUGUUUCUAGGUGAUGUACAAUACGAGCUCCUCUCUCUGUUUCCAGGUGAUGUACAAUACGACCUCCUCUCUCUCUGUUUCCAGGUGAUGUACUGUACGAGCUCCUCUCUCUGUUUCCAGGUGAUGUACAAUACGAGCUCCUCUCUCUGUUUCCAGGUGAUGUACUGUACGAGCUCCUCUCUCUGUUUCCAGGUGAUGUACUGUACGAGCUCCUCUCUCUGUUUCCAGGUGAUGUACUGUACGAGCUCCUCUCUCUGUUUCCAGGUGAUGUACUGUACGAGCUCCUCUCUCUGUUUCCAGGUGAUGUACAAUACGACCUCCUCUCUCUGUUUCCAGGUGAUGUACAAUACGAGCUCCUCUCUCUGUUUCCAGGUGAUGUACUGUACGAGCUCCUCUCUCUCUGUUUCCAGGUGAUGUACUAUACGAGCUCCUCUCUCUGUUUCCAGGUGAUGUACUAUACGAGCUCCUCUCUCUGUUUCCAGGUGAUGUACUGUACGAGCUCCUCUCUCUGUUUCCAGGUGAUGUACAAUACGACCUCCUCUCUCUGUUUCCAGGUGAUGUACAAUACGACCUCCUCUCUCUGUUUCCAGGUGAUGUACUGUACGAGCUCCUCUCUCUCUGUUUCCAGGUGAUGUACAAUACGACCUCCUCUCUCUCUGUUUCCAGGUGAUGUACUAUACGAGCUCCUCUCUCUGUUUCCAGGUGAUGUACAAUACGAGCUCCUCUCUCUGUUUCCAGGUGAUGUACAAUACGACCUCCUCUCUCUCUGUUUCCAGGUGAUGUACAAUACGACCUCCUCUCUCUCUGUUUCCAGGUGAUGUACAAUACGAGCUCCUCUCUCUGUUUCCAGGUGAUGUACAAUAUGACCUCCUCUCUCUCUGUUUCCAGGUGAUGUACAAUACGACCUCCUCUCUCUCUGUUUCCAGGUGAUGUACAAUACGACCUCCUCUCUCUCUGUUUCCAGGUGAUGUACAAUACGACCUCCUCUCUCUCUGUUUCCAGGUGAUGUACAAUACGACCUCCUCUCUCUCUGUUUCCAGGUGAUGUACAAUACGAGCUCCUCUCUCUGUUUCCAGGUGAUGUACAAUACGAGCUCCUCUCUCUGUUUCCAGGUGAUGUACAAUACGACCUCCUCUCUCUCUGUUUCCAGGUGAUGUACAAUACGACCUCCUCUCUCUCUGUUUCCAGGUGAUGUACAAUACGACCUCCUCUCUCUCUGUUUCCAGGUGAUGUACAAUACGACCUCCUCUCUCUCUGUUUCCAGGUGAUGUACAAUAUGACCUCCUCUCUCUCUGUUUCCAGGUGAUGUACUGUACGAGCUCCUCUCUCUGUUUCCAGGUGAUGUACAAUACGAGCUCCUCUCUCUGUUUCCAGGUGAUGUACAAUACGAGCUCCUCUCUCUGUUUCCAGGUGAUGUACAAUACGACCUCCUCUCUCUCUGUUUCCAGGUGAUGUACAAUAUGACCUCCUCUCUCUCUGUUUCCAGGUGAUGUACUGUACGAGCUCCUCUCUCUGUUUCCAGGUGAUGUACAAUACGAGCUCCUCUCUCUGUUUCCAGGUGAUGUACAAUACGAGCUCCUCUCUCUGUUUCCAGGUGAUGUACAAUACGAGCUCCUCUCUCUGUUUCCAGGUGAUGUACUGUACGACCUCCUCUCUCUGUUUCCAGGUGAUGUACAAUACGAGCUCCUCUCUCUCUGUUUCCAGGUGAUGUACAAUACGACCUCCUCUCUCUCUGUUUCCAGGUGAUGUACUAUACGACCUCCUCUCUCUCUGUUUCCAGGUGAUGUACAAUACGAGCUCCUCUCUCUCUGUUUCCAGGUGAUGUACUGUACGAGCUCCUCUCUCUGUUUCCAGGUGAUGUACAAUAUGACCUCUCUCUGUUUCCAGGUGAUGUACUAUACGAGCUCCUACAGUGUGUGAAGCAGCAGAGAAGAGGUGUGGCCUGUGGAGACCAAACUCCACUCACCCUGACCCUCCCCCAGCCCCCUCUCAGUCUCACCCAACUCCCCCCUACUAUAAACACCCAGUCACCCCAAACCAAUGGAAGCCAGGGUCCCCGACCGCUAGGAGCCAAUGUAUCAACAGGUGAGUUUCUGUUCUGUUCUAACCUAACAAGCAUAAAAGAAACGCCAUCCGGUGUUCAGGGAGAAACGGAAGCUAGGUUGAAGAUGACUGUACCCCUUAAAACGUAACGUUAUGACUAUAACUGCUGUUCCCUGAAGGAGGGAAACGAGGUACAGCACACUAUGGGGUGUCGCACUCUUGCGACUUCGAUUGAAGGAUCUACAGUCACGCCUGACAAGGCCAAUUAAAUCGCACCUCGUUGGAAGCCCCGCCUUCCACAGGUGAUAAGCAUGAGGCUCGAAUUCAUUCCUUCAAUUUAAUACCGCUCUUCACCGAGCCGAGGAACAGCCGGCACUGCGCUAAACAGCCGCUAUACCUCGUUUCCCUCCUUCAGGGAACAGUAGUUAUACUCAUAACUUUACGUUCUCUUUCAGUCAGUCAACUUCGGUACAACAUACUAUGGGGAAAUAUAAUCACACCCCAAGCCGGAUACUAAAUGAAACGUGCAUAAAGCUCACAGCAGACAGGGCAUGUCAGCUCUCUUGCUCUUCAGAAGCAAAAGGAGGAGGUGAAAAGGGAAAUAGACAUGGCCAUAACAUAGUCAUGACUUUCAAGGCGAAGGGAGCAUUUGAAUGCAACGUCACCUUAAAGUCGGCCGGGGCCAACUGAGCGCCGGAUAACGCGUGGAGGCCAUGAGCACGGAGGUUUUGUAGGAGAGGAUCUUCAGAUCCACUGACUCCAGAGGCUCAAAGGGGGCAAAACACAGUGCCUCCAAAACCAGCGCCAAGUCCCAUGUGGGCACAAUAUGUUUAGAGACCGGUCGAUGAGACGUUUUACACCUUUCAGGAACCACACCACCAGGGCAGGGCGGUCUGAGAAGACAUACACCUUUCAGGAACCACACCACCAGGGCAGGGCCCCCGGUGAGGCUCCGUCAACUCCCACAUGACACGCUGAGAUAGCGGCCAUGUACACUUUUUUUUUUAAAGCUGCUGUAGCACAGGGGGUUGGUGGCACCUUAAUUGGGGAGGACGGGCUCGUGGUAAUGGCUCUCUCUCUGCAGGUGGUAUUGGGGAGGACGGGCUCGUGGUAAUGGCUGGAGCGGAAUGGGUGGAAUGGUUUCAAAUACAUCAAACACAUGGUUUCCAUGGUUUGAUGCCGUUCCAUUCGUACCGUUCCAGACAUUAUUAUGAACCGUCCUCCAAUCAGCAGCCUCCACUGACCUGUAGGAACACAAGGAUGUCCCUCACAGAGCACUGAAAAGGAACCAGUCCUUUAUCUUGGUACCAGAGCUCAAACACUUGCCACUUAUACGCAUACAGCGCUAUCAUGGAGGGAGCCCUUACAGACUGAAUGGUAGUUAUAGCAUUCGGAGGUAAACCUCUAGCCAUCAGAUUGGCCCUCUUAGGGGCCAGGCCCAUAGGAACCAAAUCUUCGGCCUUGCUUGUCAAACCUGGCCGUGUGCCUGGGACAACAGAUCUCCACGAACCAAGGCUGCCUGGGCCAACGGGAAGCAACAAGAAUCAAUGAUAAGCCCUUCCGGUGCGGACUGAAUCAGAACCACUGGCGGAAACGCGGAAAGGACGGUCCGAAGCCACUGGUGUGCCAGCGCGUCCGUUCCCAAUGGGGCACGCAGGACCCUCAUCGAGAAAAAUAAGACACUGCACGUUUUCUCGCGAUGGGUAAAGAUCUACGUCGGCCCUGCCAAAAAAGUCCAUAACAGGGAGACCACCCAGGGGUGUAGCCUCCACUCCUGAGAGAGAGGGUCCCACAUGGUUAAAAGAUCUGCACCCGAGUUGAGGCAACCGGGGACAUGCGUCGCCCAAAGCGAGAGCAUAUGCACACUGCCCCCCAGCAAUAGGGAGCAAGCCACGGUUAGGAGGGAGAGAGACCGUCUGUAGAUGAAUGCCACCGCUGAAAUAUUGUCGGCUCUGACCAGCACAAGCCGGCCCGACAAAGGCGGGUGGAAGCGUCUGAGCACCAGACACACCGUUAGGCACUCCAGGUAAUGAAUAUGCAGUGCGUGUCACCAUCUGUCGUGAUCAGCUUGAGGGAUACAACUCUGCCCAUGGGAGCCCCCUGACAAUAGUAGAGGGUCCCACCGCUGGGACAGGGCCCAAAGGCCUGACGGGGACACCCAAAGUGACCGGUUUAGGCUGCGAGAUGCACCCAGGUGAGUAGCUAGCACUCAGCGCUGAAAGGGCUGCAUCAACUAUAGCCCCAUGGGGAACGACUUCCAUCACAGAAGCCUUCGUCCCCAGUAGGCACUGGCCAAAACGCACUGUGUGACCCACCUGAAAUUUGGCUAAGCAGAGCCGGAACCCGGACACCCUCCAUGGGGAUAGAAAAGCGCGAAACGCGAGUGAGUCUAGCUCGAGAACCAGACGCAGGAUGCGCUGAGAUGAAGUCAGACAGCUCUUUUUCUGGUUUCUUAUGAAGCCUAGAGACUGAAUACGGGACAGUAGCAUGGAUGUCUGCUUGCCCCCUCGACUCCUCCACUACCAGACAAGACGCUUGAGCUUUCUGAGUUUGAGACUGAGGUGCUUGCUGAGGGCACGUAGGUCUAGAAUGGGAUGCAAAUUCCUGACCCUUUUCGGGACCAGGAAAUACAGUACAACUCAGACUGCCUGCUUCAAGAGAUGGGAGGCUAUUUCCUCCCUCAAAAUGGACGCUGAGGCCUCGGGAACAGUCGACGUGAUGACUCUGCACAACUAAUUGUAGCCUGUACCUUGACAUCACUGUUUGCAUGAUCCAGAGUGGCACACCGUUGGUCGGAGCAGACAGCGAGCCUCCCGUGAAGUGCCAUCUGAAGGGGCGAGACGCCACCUUGACAACCGUUUCCACCACUCUUGACAACCGUGUGUCUGAACUUGGAGAAGGGACACUUUUCAUCGAACUCACAUGAACACUGUGGAACUUGGGGUUGAAAAAACAGUGUUUAUGUGCUAAGGUUUGCCUAAAGCCCGGCCCACUCUGGGUACAAGGGCUCCGACGAUCAGUGACAAACUCCGAUUGGGAGUGCCACCUGGGGGUACACUUGUCACAACGAGCCAGUGAGGCGGUAAGAUGCGUUCCAGUAACCAGCUGGCACCCAGCGCUGGAUGGAAUGCAUUAUCAUGGAGGUUACCUUACAGACCGGUCAUGGGUACUGGCUGGGAAUGGGACAGACAGCACUGGAAAAUCGGACCCCUUCUGUAGUAACAGACGGACGAUAAAUGAUCAAUUCUAAUUCCCAGGAAUGAAAAGCACUGAGCUGGAGAAAAGACAGCUCAUUUCGGGGUUCAUAUGAACCACAGGGAAUGUGUAUGGGAUAAUAGCAUGGUCCAACUCUGCUUGUUCCCCCAUAACCUGUAUCACUAGACAGCCCAUAGAGACUAGUGAGCUACAGGCAGGAAUCGGCAAUGGAUCCCAGUAAUGAGCCAUCUAUGGGGAGGGGUGCCCCCUUGUGGACAGAGAGCGAAUCGCCCAACUUAUUACUCCCACCCUGGGGCAUGGCUGCCCGAGGGCUACUUCCUCAUUGGAGGAGCAUGCCCCGCUCUCUCUACUCCCUCCAACUCCAGGAAUUUAAAAUAGGAAUGGGUUUGCCAUAGUGCUGGGGGAACACUAGUUAGCUUCAUUCACCGGAAGUUAUGCAUGCUAGCCGACGCUAGCUAACCUCUUUGACCGCAGCACGGUCCGUUUAGAAUAACCAAGAGACUUAAUGCUACGUAUACUAAACGAGAUCUACCCAAGCAACUCCACCAUGGGGAGGCAGGAAUAGAUCAACUCCACCGUGGGGAGGCAGGAAUAGAUCAACUCCACCGUGGGGAGGCAGGAAUAGAUCAACUCCACCGUGGGGAGGCAGGAAUAGAUCAACUCCACCGUGGGGAGGCAGGAAUAGAUCAACUCCACCGUGGGGAGGCAGGAAUAGAUCAACUCCACCGUGGGGAGGCAGGAAUAGAGCAACUCCACCGUGGGGAGGCAGGAAUAGAUCAACUCCACCGUGGGGAGGCAGGAAUAGAUCAACUCCACCGUGGGGAGGCCGGAAUAGAUCAACUCCACCGUGGGGAGGCAGGAAUAGAUCAACUCCACCGUGGGGAGGCAAGAAUACAUUUACAUUACAUUUACGUCAUUUAGCAGACGCUCUUAUCCAGAGCGACUUACAAAUUGGUGCAUUCACCUUAUAGCCAGUGGGAUAACCACUUUACAACUUUUUUUUUUGUGGGGGGGGGGGGAUGGGUAGAAGGAAUACUUUAUCCUAUCCCAGGUGUUCCUUAAAGAGGUGGGGUUUCAAAUGUCUCCGGAAGGUGGUGAGUGACUCCGCUGUCCUGGCGUCGUGAGGGAGCUUGUUCCACCAUUGGGGUGCCAGAGCAGCGAACAGUUUUGACUGGGCUGAGCGGGAACUGUGCUUCAGCAGAGGUAGGGGAGCCAGCAGGCCAGAGGUAGAUGAACGCAAUGCCCUCGUUUGGGUGUAGGGACUGAUCAGAGCCUGAAGGUACGGAGGUGCCGUUCCCCUCACAGCUCCGUAGGCAAGCACCAUGGUCUUGUAGCAGAUGCGAGCUUCAACUGGAAGCCAGUGUAGUGUGCGGAGGAGCGGGGUGACGUGAGAGAACUUGGGAAGGUUGAACACCAGACGGGCUGCAGCAUUCUGGAUGAGUUGUAGGGGUUUAAUGGCACAGGCAGGGAGCCCAGCCAACAGCGAGUUGCAGUAAUCCAGACGGGAAAUGACAAGUGCCUGGAUUAGGAUCCGUGCCGCUUCCUGUGUAAGGCAGGGUCGUACUCUCCGAAUGUUGUAGAGCAUGAACCUACAGGAUCGGGUCACCACCUUGAUGUUAGCGGAGAACGGGUGUUGUCCAGGGUCAUGCCAAGGCUCUUCACACUCUGGGAGGAGGACACAACGGAGUUGUCAACCGUGAUGGCGAGAUCAUGGAAUAGGCAGUCCUUCCCCGGGAUGAAGAGCAGCUCCGUCUUGCCAAGGUUCAGCAUGAGGUGGUGAUCUGUCAUCCAUACUGAUAUGCCUGCCAGACAUGCAGAGAUGCGAUUCGCCACCUGGUUAUCAGAAGGGGGAAAGGAGAAGAUUAGUUGUGUGUCGUCUGCGUAGCAAUGAUAGGAGAGGCCAUGUGAGGAUAUGACAGAGCCAAGUGACUUGGUGUAUAGCGAGAAUAGGAGUGGGCCUAGAACUGAGCCCUGGGGGACACCAGUGGUGAGAGCAUGUGGUGCGGAGACAGCUUCUCGCCACGCCACUUGGUAGGAGCAACCGGUCAGGUAGGACGCAAUCCAAGAGUGAGCCGCGCCGGAGAUGCCCAGCUCGGAGAGGGUGGAGAGGAGGAUCUGAUGGUUCACAGUAUCAAAGGCAGCAGACAGGUCUAGAAGGACAAGAGCAGAGGAGAGAGAGUUAGCUUUAGCAGUGCGGAGAGCCUCCAUGACACAGAGAAGAGCAGUCUCAGUUGAAUGACCAGUCUUGAAACCUGACUGGUUUGGAUCAAGAAGGUCAUUCUGAGAGAGAUAGCAGGAGAGUUGGCUAGAGACGGCACGCUCAAGAGUUUUGGAGAGAAAAGAAAGAAGGGAUACUGUCUGUAGUUGUUGACAUCGGAGGGAUCAAGUGUAGGUUUUUUGAGGAGGGGUGUAACUCUCGCUCUCUUGAAGACGGAAGGGACAUAGCCAGCGGUCAAGGAUGAGUUGAUGAGCGAGGUGAGGUAAGGGAGAAGGUCACCGGAGAUGGUCUGGAGAAGAGAGGAGGGGAUAGGGUCAAGCGGGCAGGUUGUUGGGCGGCCGGCCGUCACAAGUCGCAAGAUUUUAUCUGGAGAGAGAGGGGAGAAAGAAGUCAAAGCAUAGGGUAGGGCAGGACCAGCAGUGUCAUUUGACUUAACAAACGAGGAUCGGAUGUCGUCAACCUUCUUUUCAAAAUGGUUAUCCACAGAGAGGGAGGAGGGGGGGAGGGGGAAAAGAUUCAGUGAAAAGAUGCCAGGUCCGCAGGGAGCCCUGUUCUGUGAGCUCGCAAUGAGUCAUCAAGCCACGGAGCUGGAGGGGAGGACCGAGCCGGCCGGGAGGAUAGGGGACAUAGAGAGUCAAAGGAUGCAGAAAGGGAGGAGAGGAGGGUUGAGGAGGCAGACACACACACACACACACACACAUACAGACACACAGACACACACACACACACACAGACACACACACACACACACACACACACACACAUACACACACAGACACACACACAGACACACAGACACACACACACACAACACACACACACACACACACACACACAGACACACAGACACACAGACACACACACAGGUCAGGUGUAGGUGGUUUCCGUGAGGGCAGUUGGUUGUGGUGUGUGUGGGUGUGUGUGUGUGCCAGUAGGUUUGUUCUGUUAACCCCCAGUCCCCCCUCUCUGUCUCCCUCUAUCCUCCUCUGUCUCCUCACUCCCCCUGUCCCCACCUCUACCUUGUCUCCCCCUCUCCCCCCUCUCUACACACACACACACACACACACACACACACACACACAUAUACACACACACACACACACACACACACUGGUGAGCACCACACACACACUAUGCACAGCAACUUUUUUAUCUGUUUGUGAUCUCUCUCUCAGAUGUGUCCAAGUGUCCUCCCACAAUCCUAGCUCCAGGAGGAGGAGCCUCUCAACCUGUCCAAUCAGGAGAGGCCUCAUGAUGAAGUCCCACCCCAGAGAGGCCAAUGGCAGUUUCCAGGUAACGCACACCACACACUCAGACCACACACAUCAGACACACACACAGCACACACAGACCCUCCUCUCGAGUACAGAUAGUCUCCUUAUCUGAGCUGUUAGAUCGAAGCAUAGAGAUCUAGAAUCUAGUCGUCUGGACUGAUACGUAUUAGAUAAGUCUUCAUUCUCUCUAUAAUCUCCUAUAUAUAUCUAUCUAUCUAUCUAUAUAUCUCUAUCUCUAUAUAUCUCUCUAUAUAGUCCGCCUCUAUACUGUUGUCUAUAUGUUAAUCUAUCUCUGUACUCUGUCUCUCUCUCUUUCUCUCUCUGGUCUCUCUCCUGGCCUCUCCUCUCUCUCUCUCUCUAUCUCUGUAUCUCUCUCUCUCUCUCUCUCUCUCUAUCUCGCUCUCUCUCUAUCUCUCUCUAUCUCUGUCUCUCUCUCUGUCUCUCUCUCUCUCUCUGUCUCUCUCUCUGUCUCUCUCUCUGUCUCUCUCUGUCUCUCUCUCUGUCUGUCUCUCUCUCUGUCUCUGUCUCUCUCUGUCUGUGUAGACUGCAGGUUGCUGUGGGACUAUGUGUACCAGCUGUUGUCAGACCAGCGUUACCAGCCCUUCAUCCGCUGGGAAGACCAGGAGAGCCUGGUGUUCAGGGUGGUCGACCCCAACGGACUAGCUCGACUCUGGGGGAACCACAAGGUACGCUGGGGGUCUGUCUGGAGCUCACAGGACGGAUGGUGUCACAGAGUUCUAGUAAAGGGUUGGGGUCAAUUCCAUUUCAAUUCAGUCAAUUCAGGAAGCAUUUUUGGAAAUGGAAUUUCAGUUUCCUACUAGAAUUGACAGUGGUGAUGAUGGUGGUGGUGAUGACGGUAGUGAUGGUGAUGACGGUAGUGAUGACGGUAGUGAUGGUGAUGACGGUAGUGAUGACGGUAUGAUGGUGAUGACGGUAGUGAUGAUGAUGACGGUGGUGGUGACGGUAGUGAUGUGAUGACGGUAGUGAUGACGGUAGUGAUGGUGAUGACGGUGGUGGUGACGGUAGUGAUGGUGAUGACGGUGGUGAUGACGGUAGUGAUGGUGAUGACGGUGGUGGUGACGGUAGUGAUGAUGAUGACGGUGGUGAUGAUGGUAGUGAUGGUGAUGACGGUAGUGAUGGUGAUGACGGUGGUGGUGACGGUAGUGAUGGUGAUGACGGUAGUGAUGGUGAUGACGGUAGUGAUGACGGUAUGGUGGUGAUGACGGUAGUGAUGAUGAUGACGGUGGUGGUGAUGUCUCCCUGUAGAACCGAGCCAACAUGACGUAUGAGAAGAUGUCUCGUGCUCUAAGACACUACUACAAACUCAACAUCAUCAAGAAAGAACCAGGACAGAAGCUACUCUUCAGGUGGGACACACACACACACACACACCACACACACACACACACACACACACACACACACACAUACACACACACACACACACAGACACACACACACACACACACACACACACACACCACACUCAGCCCUUCUCCUCUCCUCUCCAGGUUUCUCAAGACCCCCCAGGAGAUCAAGCGACACCGAGCGGACCGCCUCGACUCAGCAGAUUCCCCUGAACACACACACACACCCUCACACACACUCCGGCGGGACUUCAGUGAGGAUGGUUUGGAGUUGUCCCCUGAAUACAGCCCCCCAAUCUCUAACCCCUGA